AUGGCUUACAGUGACUACAGCGAUGGAGCAGACGACAUGCCGGACUUUCACGACGAAGGUGAAUUUGAUGAUUAUUUGAAUGACGAUGAAUAUGAUCUAAUGAACGAGGUAUUUCCUACUCUAAAGGCGCAGUUACAGGAUUACCAAGGCUGGGAUAAUCUUUCACUUAAGCUAGCUUUGUUUGACAACAAUUUCGAUUUGGAAAGCACGCUGGCGGAAUUGAAGAAAACUUUGAAGAAGAAGAAGACACCAAAGAAGCCAAUUGCUGCUGCUAAUGGGAGUGCGAAUGUUACUCAAAAACUGGCAAACAUCUCAAUUUCGCAACAAAGGCCAAAUGAUCGGCUUCCAGACUGGCUUGACGAGGAAGAAAGUGAGGGUGAACGCAAUGGUGAGGAAGCCAAUGAUGAAAAGACAGUUCAAAGAUACUAUAAGACUACGGUGCCAACGAAACCAAAGAAACCUCAUGAUAUUUCUGCAUUUGUUAAAUCUGCCUUACCUCACUUAAGUUUUGUUGUUCUUGGUCAUGUUGAUGCGGGAAAAUCAACUCUAAUGGGCAGACUACUUUAUGAUCUGAACAUUGUCAACCAAUCCCAACUGAGAAAGCUACAAAGAGAGAGUGAAACUAUGGGUAAGUCAUCCUUCAAAUUUGCAUGGAUUAUGGAUCAGACAAAUGAAGAGCGCGAACGUGGUGUAACAGUGUCAAUUUGUACAUCGCAUUUCUCUACCCAUAGGGCAAAUUUUACUAUUGUGGAUGCGCCAGGCCAUAGAGAUUUUGUUCCAAACGCUAUAAUGGGGAUAUCACAAGCAGAUAUGGCUAUACUUUGUGUAGACUGUAGCACCAAUGCUUUCGAAUCAGGAUUUGACUUGGAUGGGCAAACAAAGGAGCAUAUGCUACUGGCAUCUAGUCUUGGAAUUCACAAUCUGAUUAUUGCUAUGAAUAAGAUGGAUAAUGUUGACUGGUCCCAACAAAGGUUUGAAGAGAUUAAAUCGAAAUUGUUGCCAUAUCUGGUUGAUAUUGGGUUUUUUGAGGAUAAUAUUAAUUGGGUACCUAUCAGUGGCUUUUCCGGAGAAGGUGUUUAUAAAAUUGAAUAUACAGAUGAAGUGAGACAAUGGUACAAUGGUCCUAACUUAAUGUCUACUUUGGAAAAUGCGGCGUUCAAGAUUUCAAAGGAGAAUGAAGGAAUUAACAAAGAUGAUCCGUUUUUGUUUUCUGUGUUGGAGAUCAUCCCAUCGAAAAAAACAAGUAACGAUUUAGCACUAGUUUCAGGAAAAUUGGAAUCAGGUUCUAUUCAACCUGGUGAAUCUUUGACAAUAUAUCCGUCGGAACAGAGUUGUAUUGUGGAUAAAAUUCAGGUUGGUUCUCAACAGGGCCAAUCAACGAAUCACGAAGAGACAGAUGUUGCCAUUAAGGGUGAUUUUGUCACUUUGAAAUUGCGCAAAGCCUAUCCAGAAGAUAUUCAAAAUGGUGAUUUGGCAGCAUCAGUUGAUUAUUCGUCCAUUCAUUCAGCACAGUGUUUUGUUCUGGAAUUGACCACCUUUGACAUGAACCGACCUUUGCUGCCAGGAACACCGUUUAUUCUUUUCAUCGGAGUCAAGGAGCAACCUGCUCGAAUCAAAAGAUUGAUUUCAUUUAUAGACAAGGGCAAUACUGCAAGCAAGAAAAAGAUUAGACAUCUAGGCUCUAAACAACGAGCAUUUGUAGAAAUAGAACUAAUUGAAGUAAAGAGGUGGAUUCCUUUAUUAACUGCCCAUGAAAAUGACCGUUUGGGAAGAGUUGUUCUUAGAAAGGACGGUAGAACCAUUGCGGCAGGUAAAAUAUCCGAAAUAACUCAGUAG